AUGACAACUACUCCUUUGAGAGUUAAUACAAAUUUGAGCAAGGCUUUUCCUGACCCCGAAGAAGAUCUAUUCUGGCAAAAGGCAACGAAUGCAAACGGCGGCGAUCGCAACAUCGAUGCAAUCUGGAGCCCUAAACCCAACGACGUCACAAUACCCUUACCACCCCCUCCUACAAACACCACGCGACACUCACGUAAAGGUAGUAAAGUGUCCUGGGCACUAUUGAGCGAGUCUGAAAAACACGUUGAAUUACUAGAAACAAAAUUGAAAGAUGUCCAGACAAAGAACGGUAAGAUAAGACAUGACAAUACCGAUGUUCCUCUCAAUUACUACCCACAUCACGCAGCCGAUGAAUCAUCGACCGUUCACGUCGAAGAUGAGGAUUUAGACCCGAUCACAACCGAUUCACACGAUUCAGACGAAGGAUUAUGGCUACUGUGGCAGACACGCAAUCAUCGCUCUCUCUCGUCAUCGAUUAGCGAUAACCGAUGGAACAAAUACUUUCCACUUCUCAAUCGAAGUAGCGUAGACGGUAAUAAUAGGAAUAGCAGAGAGUACGUGCAUAGCGUGCCAUAUCGUGAUGACGAAGACGAAGCAGACGCAGGAAUUGAUAUUGAAAUGCUGGACGAUGUGUUAUCAAAAAGAAAGAUGGAACAGGAAUAUUUGUGGAGCGGAUGGUGGACGUGGUGUUUAGAUACGUUUGUGAGCAAGUGUUUUGUUUGUGGGGCUGACCAACUCAACGACGAACAAGUGGCUGAAUUUAAAGAAGCCUUUGCAUUAUUCGAUAAGGAUAAUGACGGCACUAUCACCACAAAGGAGUUGGGUACCGUUAUGCGCUCGCUCGGGCAAAAUCCUACAGAAACAGAAUUACAAGAUAUGAUAAAUGAAGUCGAUGCAGAUGGCAAUGGCACAAUCGACUUUCCUGAAUUCUUAACCAUGAUGGCCAGGAAGAUGAAGGACACUGAUAGUGAAGAAGAAAUUAGAGAGGCCUUUAAAGUCUUUGAUAAAGACGGAAACGGAUUUAUUUCUGCUGCUGAGCUUCGACAUGUUAUGACCAACCUCGGUGAGAAGCUUACCGAUGAAGAAGUUGAUGAAAUGAUUCGUGAGGCUGAUGUCGAUGGAGACGGUCAAAUCAACUACGAAGAGUUCGUCAAGAUGAUGAUGACCCACUAA